AUGCUUCGUCAACAAGUCAGGUCGCUGCACGCUACCGCCAGAAGAUACAACUUCUCCAAGAUGACUAUUGUGGGCCGUAUUGGUUCGGAUUUCACGGAGUACACUUCUGCCAACAACAACAAAUACUUGAAGUACAGCGUUGCUUCGCAGCCUAGAAGAGACGGCCCAACAAACUGGUACAAUGUCACGGUGUUCAACGAACCCCAAAUUAACUUUCUGACUCACUAUGUUAGAAAAGGUGCUUUGGUUUACGUCGAGGCCGACGCAGCCAACUACUCGUUUGAGAGAGAAGACGGGUCCAAGGGAACAACGCUGAGCUUAGUGCAAAGUAUGUUCAAGAGGGCAUCGAAAGAUGCCGCGCAAUCAGUACCGUGA